AUGUGCGGUGAUAAAAGUCCGUGUACGGAAUGCGAAUCAAGCAGCGAGGGAGACUGUGAGGAUUUGAUCCCUUGUUCGGGUGAAGUUCGUAAGCUUGAUGCAAGAAUCAAUUUUUUACUGCGAUCUGAUGGUUCAUGUGCUUUGGAGCAAGGUGCCAAUGCUAUGUGGUGUGGAAUCGUCGGUCCAGGAGAUGUCGCUGCUACAAAGCGAAUUGAUGAUCGGCUCCUUAUCGAUAUUAUUUACAAGCAUUGCUCUGGCUCAGAAGAUUCUGUAAAGACUAGACGAUUGUUAGAAGCAGCUAUAGAUGAAUCUAUUGACUACCCUCAGUUUCCUCGUUCCGUUCUUUGUGUUGUUUUACAGGAAUUACAGAUAGAUGGCUCAGAGACAGCAGCAGCUUUAAAUGCUGCUAGUUUAGCAGCGCUUGAUUCUGGUAUUAAAAUGAGUGGAGUAUUUUGUGGAGUUACUGCAGCAUUUUCUGAGGGGGUUUUAAUUCUGGACCCUAAUCAGAAACAAAGCUAUUCUGCUGAUGCACUGUAUAAUUUUGUAUUUCGUAUUGACAAGCAAGAUUCGAUAUCUAUGGUAGCGUGCGAUACAGACGGAGUGUUCGAAUAUAAUACUUUCAAAUGUGCUAGAAAAUUUGCUGAAAAAGCUUCUCUUGAUGUUUUCACUUUUUUUCGAGAAGUUUUGCAAAAGAAGUUGGCUAUCGAUAUCUCUGUGUAA